UGUAUAAACAAAAAAAAAAAAAAAUGAGGGCGGUGAUAUGGCGAUUCCUUUGUUCUUAGUCUCUUUUCGGCACACCGUCACAUCUCCAUCUCCGGCGGGGCGAGGAGGUAAAGCGAGCAGAGGCAAAGCGAGAACAGUGUCUUUCUCUCGUUUGAGGAUCAUCAUCACUAUCAGCAUCAUCGUACAGGAGGCUCCCGAGACACCGACAUUUCAGUGGCUUAACAGACGACCUGCCCUGCUUGAGUGGAGACUAGACCGCAACAAGCGUACUACACUGAUAGAAUGUGAUACUGCUCUGACGUAUGGUUGGUUGUGAUGAUGGAGAGACUCGUACAGAGGAUGAAGGAGAAGUCAGAAGGUCGAAGAUGAAGUUGGAGAGCCAAAUUACCGCUUUGGGUAAUCCCCGGUCAUGUGCGCCUGGAUGGCGGGCCCUAGCCCUGUGCCCUAGUCAUGUGAUCCUAUUGAUGCUCGAUCGAGCGUUCGAUCAGUAUCAAUGUUGAUACUCAAGAUGAAGUUGAUGAUCAUAAUGCGGAGAAUUAUUAUAUUGUAUAAAUCA